AUGUUGUCGGUGGACGUCGCGGCGCUCGCAGCCGCGCAAAACGCUACGGCGGACGAUCUGGACGCGCGUGCCGAAGCCAUCAUUGCGGCCAUGACGCCGCAUCAGUGGAUCGCUCAAAUGGCCCAGAUCAACAUUGGGUACAUCACGUACCCGGACGGCUCGCUGAACGAGGCCGCGGUCGCCCAGUGCGCGCGCAUCGGCGUCGGCGCGUUCCUCAACGGGUUCCUCGACGUCCACCAAUGGCGCUCGAUGAUCUCGCGCAUCCAAGCCAUUUACGCCGAGCAUCACGUUGCCCCCGUACUGUACGGCCUCGACAGUCUCCACGGCGCCAACUACGUGCACGGCGCGGUCAUGGGCCCGCAGCAGAUCAACAACGGCGCGACCUUCAACCCGGCGCUCGUCUCUCGCUUUGGCGCCAUCACAGCCCGCGACUUGGCGGCGGCCGGCGUCAACUGGGCGCUCGCGCCAGGACUUGACGUCGCGCAGCACAAGCGCUGGCCGCGCGUGUACGAAACAUUUGGCGAGGACCCGUACUUGACGUCCGAGCUCGGGGUCGCGGCCGUCAACGGCAUCCAGUCGGUGCGCAGCGUGGCCGCGACGUUCAAGCACUUUGGUGCCUACGGCGCGUCGGCGACGGGCGACGACCUCGGGACGGCUUUCGUGUCCGAGUACGAGCUGCUCAACUACUACACGCCGUCGUUCACGGCGGCGAUCCGCGCCGGCGUUCUCUCGGGCAUGACGGGGUAUGCGUCCAUCAACGACGUGCCCAUGGUUGUCAACGAAAAGAUGACCAUCGAUCUGCUGCGACAGGACAUGGGCUUUGACGGUGUGCUCGUCACCGACUGGGAAGACAUUUACCACCUCAACUUUGUGCAUCACUUGGUCAACUCCAACAUGGAGGCGGUCCGCGUCGCCAUGACCAAGUCGUCUGUGGACGUGAGCAUGGUGCCGUACGACGCGAGCUUUGUCGGGUACGCCGAGUCGCUGCUCAAGGCCGGGAAGCUGCCGGCAAAGCGCUUCCGCGCAUCCGCCAAGCGCGUCAUCAAACUGAAGCUCCGGCUGGGGCUUUUUGACGCGCCCAUGCACGGCGCCGAGGACGUGGCGCGCGUCGGAAGUGGCGCGGACCGUGACGCCGCACUCGAUAUCGCACGCGAGUCCAUCGUGCUCCUUCAGAACAAACAGGAUGUGCUACCACUGCGGAACGAGCCGCGUCUCUUCUUGACGGGGCCGUCGGUCGACAACAUUGGCUACCUCUGCGGCGGCUGGACGUGGGAGUGGCAAGGCCGCCGCGACAACAGCGUCUUUCCGGGUAGCCAGUCGAUCCGUGCUGCAUUUACAUCGAUGUACAAAGACGCUUCCCGCCUUUCGUUUCUUCCGGGCAUUGACAUUCAAGGCAACCAUGUUGGCAACUAUAGCAGUGCGUUAGAAAAAGCCCGUGCAGCCGAGUACACGGUCAUCGUCGUCGGUGAGGCGCCGUACGCGGAAAGCUUUGGCAACAUCAAGGACGCGGCGCUGCCGGCCGGGCAGCUGCAGUACAUUCGCGACAUUGCCUCGACCGGCACCAAGGUGAUCCUCGUCCUCGUCGAAGGGCGCCCGCGCCUCCUCAACGGCGUCGCCGACGUCGUCCACGCGGUCAUCGACGCGAUGCUGCCAUGCCACAUGGGCGGCCAGGCCAUCGCCGAGAUCAUCCUCGGCGUCACCAACCCCAGCGGCCGCCUCAGCAUGACGUACCCCAAGGACGCGACCAAGGACAACAUGGUGACGCCGUACUUCCACCGCAAGAACGGCGUGUGUGUGCUCACGGGCGCGGCGUGUCCGGCCGAGUGGGAGUUUGGCGCGGGCCUGAGCUACACGACGUUUGAGUACUCUAGCUUUGCGCUCAGCGCCAACCAGCUCAACACGUCGUCCGAGUCGCUGACGGCGAGCGUCGUCGUGACCAACACGGGCGCGAUGGCCGGGAAGGAGGCGGUCUUGGUCUUUCUGAGCCAAGGCGCGCGUGCGUCCGGGACGCCCGAGACCAAGAUGCUCAAGAAGUUUACAAAAGUGUCCUUGGCGCCCGGGCAGUCGACCACGGUGACGUUUCCGAUUGGCUUCAACGACUUUGCGAUCUACAACGGCGGCAUUGGGUCGGGUCUCCUCAAGUCGGCCGAAGCCGGCGCGUACUACGUUGGCGUCAAGCCCGAGACGGUCUGCGACGCCAACACGAUCGGACCGCUCUGUCAGGCAUUUGCGUACGCGCCAAAGACGGUGCUGGCCCAGGUGUUUCACUUGCACGACCGGUCCAGUGUGUCGGCGACCGUCGUCGCAGGCCAUGGCCACGCCCUCAGCGUGCCAAAGCGGCUCGUGGGCCUUCUCGGCAACUUGCCCAGUGUCAACAACUGGGUACUGGACGCUGUGCACAACACGCUAUCAAUUGUGGGCUCGGGGCUAUGCUUGGGUCUUGUCGGCGACGGCCUUGGGCUUGGCGACUGCACGACGCCGGAAGAGCACCAACUCUGGCGCCACGAUGCCGCCACCGGUCAGCUCCGCCACCUCGCACGAGUCGAUCAAUGCCUUCAUGUCACCGACAACGACCUUGUCCUCGCCGCCUGCCACGUCACGACUUAAGUGGCGCUCAAACGACGACAUUUGAUUUUGAAGAUACGAAAACGACUAUAGACAAG